AGACUUUGAUAUCAUGUUGUGUAUGUUGAUUACUUCUUUGAAAACUAACAUAUAAAAUUAAAAAUAAAAAACAUUACUUGUAAAAGACAUUUUGAAGGGAAGAGCUUACUAUGUGUGAUUUGGAUGAAAAAAAUGUUUUUUGGUUGCCAUCGUUCGUGGUUAAAUAUGGCAGUUCCUGAUUUUAAUAUUUUUUUAAGUUUAAGUGUCAUUUACCUAAAUGUUAUUUAACAGCUGGAUGUUAACACCAAAAAUAAAAAUAAGGGGUCGUUUACAUCCGUAUAUAAGACUACUUAUGUAAACGAGCUGAGUCCAGAUGGAGCGUAGUCUUAUAUAUGGAUGUAAACGGGCUAAGCUUGAGAUGAUUGAUAAACUAACGUAAAUUAUCGACUCCGCUGCAACGCGCGUAAGCUUUAGAGGCAAAAGGGUGCUUAAGGUAUAUUAUGUUUUUUUUGGUAACCCAUAACAUGUUCGCUUCGUUUGCAGCUCUAUGUUCAUGUAAAUAAGUUUGAUUUUUCCAAGUGAUUUAACUUUUUAAACUAUUAUGGCAACAAAAAGUAUGCAUACCCGAGACCAGUGGCAAUGGCUGCGGCUCAAGUAGUGAUGUCGUGUUCACUUCUCUACUAUGCCGUUAGGGCACCAGGGGCAAUAUACAUUGUCUCAGUUGUGACGGGAUCGUGUUACGGUGCCCAUUGGGCCAUUGUGCCAUCUGCUGUGUCAGAACUAUUCGGGCUAAACAGUUUUGGUGCAUUGUAUAACUUUCUUACACUUGCUAGCCCGACCGGUUCACUAAUUUUCUCCGGUGUCAUUGCUAGUGGCAUUUAUGACUAUGAAACCAAGAUUCAAAGUGCUACAAACCUUAACACGCUCACAGAUGGCGAAGCACUGACGUGCUAUGGAACCAUAUGCUACUCCAACACUUGCGGAAUCUUGUCAGUUCUUUGUCUCAUGGCAUUUGUCUUGAGUAUGAUUGUGUUGUAUAGGACUAAGAGAGUCUAUGCAAAACUUUACGGGAGUUCUUGAAGUUAGAUCGCGCUCUCGGACUAGACCGUGGUUGUAUCAUGUGUGUUAGGCUCAUAGAUUUAAGGUUUGGUAAAGAUGGAGCCAUUUAGAAUAUUGAUUCUUUGGUACACUGCUAAAUUCUUUUUUUUUCUAUGCUGCAAAUUUAGUACACCAUUCAAGUUUUAUUUGUAGAAUGGACAAUAUGUACCACUUAUGCGUUUUGUGAUGGAUGUUAUAUACAGAUGGUGUUUUGUUGA